AAGUUGUGGCUCGAGACUUCCCUUCUCGAACUUCAUCCAUGGCUGAGGCAAGUUGAUCAAGCACGAGCACACCGAGCCAAGCAGGACUUGCACUCAGAGCGCGACCGGCUCCUAAAACGGGCCGACAAGCGUGUCGACGCCCAUGGCUCUUCUGAUGACGGAAAGAACAAUGCUCGUGCCCUGCUCUGGACCUUUGCACUGAUCAUCCUUCCCGGUAUCGCUUACGCAUCCAUAAUGCUUUCGUGGUUCUUCGUGUUCCACAGCUCCAUCGUGAAGUUCGUGAUCGUCAAUUUUGAGGCGUUGUUGCGAGUGGCCUGGUGCUCAUGCUCCUUAGCUUCCGAUGGUUGACUGGCAAACCACGACCCUGGCUCUGGUGGAUGGGCUUCUACACCAUCCAGGCUGCUAUGGCGUCGCUGGUGAUUGGCUUCUUCCUGUACUACAGAAAUCUGGUCUACUAUUGGAAUUACAAGGAGAUGCGAAGCUACACGAACGUUGCUGCGGCGCAAGACGAUGCUGCCUUUCCUGAUGCAUACAUGUUCCUCUUCACAGAGGAUACGCGACUGGACACACAGAGAGCAGUGGGCUACAAGUCCAGGUGGACAGGGAAGGUUUAUUGUGUAGCACCCUUGGUCGACACUACGAUGUCAGCAGUCGAGCCCAUCUACUACUGGGCCAUUGGCGAAGACUGUUGUGAAGCGCGUUCGGACUUCCACUGUGGAGAUGCACAGGACCCGUCCACUCGAAGUGGUUUAGUCGCCUUGAAGCCAGAGAAGAUUGUGAGGCCCUACAUGCAAUGGGCAGUUAGAGGCUCACCCUACGACCGCUAUGUGAAUGCAGUGAAGCUAGAGGAGGCCACCUAUGUCACGGAGGCCGCGGAGGAUCCCACGUUCAUCUACUGGAGCAAGGAUCCAAUUGCCUUGAAGGACUCCUUCUACAAAGAUGCCUCCGACGCAUGCACCAUUUGGAGUCUUUGCUAUUUCGCGCUCUUGGCCGUGCUCUCCUUCUGCACAGCUUGGCGAUUAGUGCCCAAGAGGAAGCACGCUGGAGUUCUGAGAUAUGCUGAUUGAAUUGGAGGAAUUCUUCAUGCAAUGAGAGCGCCAUACAUUGGCAAUAGAUGGUGUGGAACAUGACAUAACUCUUCUUUUUGCGUUUGUUCAGUUUCCAAGUUCAGGGGCCUUCGGGUGCGAUGCAACAGCCCACUUGGAGCUCUCUUCUUUAAUAGUUCAAGCUUGUAGACAUCUGGAUAUCAGCUUGUUUCACCUUCCAAGAAGCUGGAGUGGGUCUACAGGU